CGGGCGGGCGCGUGCGCACACAUUCGCCACCUCGUCUCUGGCCGGCGGUGGGGGAGGGACUGUGAACGGAGAGCUCCUGAGGACCAGGACCUAGACCCCGGUGCCGCACAGCCGCUCUUGGCAGCACGUGAGCAGCUUCUUACCAAGAACCUAAGUCACUGAAAGGGGACCCUAGAAGGAAGAUUCUUCAGUGGAGACCAAUGCCAGAAGGAUCUGGAAUUUCAUUCUGUGGAGGCAGCAUGAGAAGUUUUUUUCCAGUAUCUGUGGCCUGUUGGCAAGGACUGUAGCUCUAUAAAGGAGGGUCCUGGAAGCAGAGAGCCCCAGGAACCUCUCUUGAGGAAGAAUGGAGUCAGACAUGAACUCACCCUUGUGAAGACAUUCUUUUCAUCCUGUGAAGGGAUUUUAAGUAAAACAUUAUUUAAUUUCCCCAUUUUUAACGUGAACAGUCUUCUAUAUAAAGUGCCAGUAGCCCGCUCAGGAAUUAGCUGAAUGUUUCUGGCACAAAGUUGCCCUUUUUCUGGUGCCAUUCUAGCAAUGACAUAACAGCUUGGUGUGUAUUACCAAGAGAGAUUCAUCUGCCAAGUGCACUUGGAUGAGAAAGAACUUCUGAAAUCAAUGUAAGGACAGCAGAAGCAGAAGUCUCUCUGCUCACUCUCCUAGAACUGAGUCUGGACUCUUGGAUGAUUUUGUUUAAUAUUUAUCCCUUAUUCAUCUCCAAAGUAGAUCUUUCCUGGGUGGUCUGGAGUCUUCAGUUUACCAUUUGUGGACCACUCCUUGUAGUUUUUUACUCUUCCAUACACAGAUGGUGAAAAGAUGUGAACUUUGGAAUGGAGUUGGUUAAACUUUGGGAACUUAGUUCCUUUCACAGACUAUUACUCUCAGAGAGGACAGUUUAAAAGUUUCAGGGCCUGCAGGGUUUCUGUUUUGGGUGAAGGUCAUUGGCCUUGUCUGGAUCCACCACCAUGUUCCUGCUGCUGCCCUUUAACAGCCUGAUUGUCAACUUGCUUGGCAUCUCCCUGACAGUUCUCUUCACACUCCUUCUGGUUUUCAUCAUUGUCCCAGCCAUUUUUGGCGUCUCCUUUGGUAUCCGAAAACUCUACAUGAAAACUUUAUUAAAAAUCUUCGCGUGGGCCACUCUAAGAAUGGAGAGAGGAGCCAAGGAGAAGAACCAUCAACUUUACAAGCCGUACACCAAUGGAAUAAUUGCAAAAGAUCCCACUUCACUAGAAGAAGAAAUCAAAGAGAUACGUAAAAGUGGGAGCAAUAAGGCCUUGGAUACUCCAGAAUUUGAGCUUUCUGACAUUUUCUACUUCUGCCGAAAAGGAAUGGAGACCAUUAUGGAUGAUGAAGUAACAAAGAGGUUCUCAGCGGAGGAGUUGGAGUCCUGGAACCUGCUGAGCAGAACCAAUUAUAACUUCCAAUAUAUCAGCCUUCGACUCACUGUCUUGUGGGGGUUGGGGGUGCUGAUUCGCUAUUGCUUCCUUCUGCCACUCAGGAUAGCUCUUGCCUUCACGGGGGUCAGCCUUUUGGUGGUGGGCACAACCAUGGUGGGAUAUUUGCCAAAUGGAAGGUUUAAGGAAUUCAUGAGUAAGCAUGUACACUUGAUGUGUUAUCGGAUCUGCGUCCGGGCCCUAACAGCCAUCAUUACUUACCAUGACAGGGAAAACCGACCCAGGAAUGGUGGUAUCUGUGUAGCCAAUCAUACCUCUCCCAUCGAUGUUAUCAUUCUGGCCAGCGAUGGCUACUAUGCCAUGGUGGGCCAAAUUCAUGGGGGACUGAUGGGUGUGAUUCAGAAGGCUAUGGUGAAGGCCUGCCCUCAUGUGUGGUUUGAACGGUCAGAAGUGAAAGAUCGCCACCUGGUGGCUGAAAGACUGACUGAGCAUGUACAGGAUAAGAGCAAGCUACCUAUCCUCAUUUUUCCAGAAGGAACCUGCAUCAAUAACACAUCGGUGAUGAUGUUCAAGAAAGGCAGUUUUGAAAUUGGAGCCACGGUUUAUCCUGUUGCUAUCAAGUAUGACCCUCAAUUUGGAGAUGCUUUCUGGAAUAGCAGCAAAUAUGGGAUGGUGACCUAUCUUCUGCGAAUGAUGACCAGCUGGGCCAUUGUCUGCAGUGUUUGGUAUCUUCCCCCCAUGACCAGGGAGGCAAAUGAAGAUGCUGUCCACUUUGCAAACCGCGUCAAGUCAGCCAUUGCCAGGCAGGGAGGACUUGUUGACCUGUUGUGGGAUGGAGGCCUAAAGAGGGAGAAAGUGAAGGAUACUUUCAAGGAAGAGCAACAGAAACUGUACAGCAAGAUGAUUGUUGGAAACCACGAGGACCGGAGCCGUUCCUGAGCCCUUGCCUCAGCCUUGCUGGAGCCACUACUCCCCACUCUUGAUCUAUGAGCCAGCUGGAGUCCCUGCUGCUGCCACUGCUGCAUUCUCCUAGGCUCUGGAGCUCAGUCAGAGCUGCUCCUGAAUUCUUGGACUCGAGCUUCUUCAGAGCCACACCUGGAUCCUUCAGGCUAUGGUGUCGCUUGCCCCUUGGUUGCCUGGAGUGAAUGCCACUAGGUUUUGCUGCCCAGGAAGAAAUGCCUUCUUGUUUCUGUUACAAUUAAAUCCAUUGGAGGAAUAAUAUUAAAGUGAACUCUACACCUGUGCACCUUGUAUGGAGCUGUGUUUAGAAGAAAUUGGCCACAUUCCUUUCUUAGGGAGAAGUCUGUUACCAAUAGCCAUGUGCCAGGGUCACUUUUGUGGGUUCUGUCCUGCUCUUCAAAGAAGGAUGACUGAAGCAAAACAUUGUUUCAGCAUAAAAAGUGUCCCUAGUCCUUGUAUCUCUGCAGAAAUUUAUAGUAAAGGUAAUGGUGGUCUUCAGGUUGUUCUCCACCCCUCCCCUAUCCCCACCCCCCCACUCCCAAUGAAGUUUUUAAUUCCUGUGACAAAUCCACAGGAUUUCACCAAAUGAGACUGAAGAGGCAGCAUAGACCAUCAUUCUGUGGUAGGGGCCAAGGGUCAUUUUAAGUUCAGAGGCUGGUUCUGAUCCUGGACUCUGCUGCAGUUGUCAAUCUGUGCCUCAGUUUCCCCGUAUGUAACUUGGGGGUGAUGAUACCUACCUCACAGGGGUGUUGUGAGGACUAAAGUGCUAAUGUGAGAUGUAUGAAAGAUGCUCAGUGUUAUAAGUCAAGGUCCAUUGACUGGCAGGAUGUGGUCUGAGCUCAGAGCUGCUGCCCAGGGCUUUGAAUUUGUUUUUGUGAGUAAAUAAAGUUGUCUUGGCUGGUGAAUGAAA